AUGAUGCGAAUGCCUAACUUUGCACCUAUUACUUACACAACUUGGCAUAAGUUUCCAGAUUCUACAAAGGAAGAAAUAUGGAAAACCAAAUUCACAUUUGAGUUGUUUCAUUCACAUGAGAAUGAUGAGUCUUUAAAUGAAAAUACAACUCAAAUGGUUAAGAGUUGGAUUGUGUCUGAUAUGAGUACUAAGUGGAGGCAAUGGAAGAAUUUUUUGAAGUCCAAAUAUUUUGAUGAACACAAGACAGUAGAGGAAAUGGUUGCAAAGAUUGAUGAUCCUCGUGUAGAUAAACAACAAUUUUUGGUAAUUGCUACUUAUUGGUUGACUGAGAAAGCGAAGGAACAAAGUGAGACAAAUAGAACAAAUCGUUCAAAAUCUGAUGAACCCCAUUGUGCAGGAACAAGAUCAUUCCCUACUAUAAUCCAAACUGUGACUGAAGAAUCUAAUGGAAUUCCACCAUCACGUGCUGAAAUGUAUAUACGCACUCGUACCCGUAAAGAUGGAAGUGUUGUGAAUGAAAAAGUAGCUUCUAUUGUGGAACUUAUGAAGAAAGGAUUAAGUGAAAGUGAUUCACAAGAUCCUAAAAGGUGUUCAUGGGAAAAUGAUGUGUAUUCACAAGUUAAAGGACCAGAGAAAAGAGGGCGUAUUCGUUGUAUGGGAACAAUUUCUACUUCAUCAAGCAAGUCCGGUCCUUCAUGUUCUCAAAUCAUAUAUCAUAAUGAAGUACAAUGUUUGAAGGCUGAGGUUCAAGGAUUGAAGGAAGCUUUAACUACUGUGAUUUCAUUAUUUCAAAAACAAUUUCCUAAUGAGAAUGUGGAGGUCCUAAACGGUGUUACUCGCAUAGUCAAUGGAGAGGUAUGUGAUAUAAUGUAUAUUUAG